AUGCCUCUCGCUGCUAUCAGAAUAAAAGAGAAAAAUAACCAUGCAGUUUUCCUUGUUCCAAGGGAAAGCAAUUUAGAAUUAGCUCGAAACCUCUUGUCAGGAUUGGACAGUGAAUUAGACAUCUUUGUUAAAGAGCAUGUGAAGAAAAGUGUAAUGCAUGUUUACGUUAAAGACGUUUUAGCAGCUGCCGAGUCAGAUGCAGAGAGGGAAAGAAUUACCUAUGCUGUUGAGGCAGCAUCUGGGAAAAGCAAUACAAAGUUAAGAAGCGCCUUUCGUUUUGAAGAUAUACAGAGAAGAAAGGAAAGAGUAGAAAAUGCUUUAAGAGAAGCAAGAAAAAUCAGGGAAGCGGUAGACUCCAUUGCAAGUAUUCAAGAAAAAGCUGUACUGUCAUCAUUCGGUAUUCAAGUUGACAGUGAUGAUAGUGAUGAGGAUGAAGAAAGUGAAACUGAUGCAGAAAAUGAGGAGGGAGACAAUAAUAGGGAGUCACAAGAGGAUGACCCAGUGAAAGGCACGAAUGGAGAUUCAGUGGUGAUUGACAUAACUCAUCAGUUUUCUCUCAGCAAGCAAAUAACCGAUACAGGAUCAGUUUAUCAGAAUUCUCAAGAACUGAUGGACCUACUAAGAGCCUGUGAACUUAACUGGUUUCUUUUUGUUGAAGUUAUUGAACAGAAGUUAAGCGGCUACACCAAAGCUGCCACAGAUCAGAUCCUCUUAGACUUCAGUGGCCAAAUCCAGUCGCUUAAGUUGAAUGAAAGGGAAAAGUCUAUUAUAGAACAGAGCAGACAGGCAUAUCUUCUUUCAGAAAGACUACAAGGAAACCAGUCAGAUGUGGAUGAUGAUGCCAUCGGAUCUGAAACUGAAGAAAGUGGUGCAGAUUGGGGAAACAUUCAUGAUCCCCUACAACCUGAAGCACGGGACAUUAUCUCCCAAAAGGUAAAGCAGUUAAAAAGAAAUGCAAGACGAAAAGCAGCCCAGAGGAUAGCAGAGGCUAGGUUUCUGAGACGAAAGAGAGGGGAAAAUGUUGGAAAAAUUUUCAAAGAGUGCCCAGAUAUUGGUUCCACCAUUGAGAAUUAUGUGAAGAGUGCUGGAGUAGGAGCUGACAGCUGGAGAAGAACUGGGAUUCUUACAUUUGAGGGAAAUCGGAAAGUUGAAAAAAAAGCAACUUUCAGUAGAAUAAAAGAGCACUUGGAACGAGCUUACCAAAGAAAGUUUGGAUAUGGGACUGUGGUGCAACUUUGUGUUGCAAGAAACAAAAGACGGUUGUCUACCAGUCGGUAUAAAGGCCUUGCAAAGGUCACAUGCCGCCAAGCCCGAAAAGGCUUUACAAUACGAAAUAAUCUAGAUAAGCAUUGGUCAUCUGCCCUCUACAGGGCCCUUGAUGCUUUGCAGCUCAAAGACGGCACAGAUAUCAUCAACAUAAAUCGAGAUGACCAGGCUGGGUUUCGGUUAGAUACCUUAGCCACCCACAACAAGCAAGCAACAUUGUGCAUACAGGAUAGUGUUCCACUCACCACCAAGACAGACUAUGUGAACAAAUACCAGUCAACACUUCAAACGACCUCAUACAACUUUUCCAGCACAGGCACAACAGCAGAGAUAUGUGCUGGCAUUGUUAAGGCCAUCCCACUUCAUCAGAAGAAUCCCGCACAACAUGCACAUGAUUUGAAUGUGAUUGAGACAUAUUCAGAGGUGGAGCCAGCAUUUUUCAACCAUAUUACCGGAGAGAGAAAGAGUAAGGUUUGUGUUAGAGUGGAUGGAGGGCAUGAUGAAGGGCCGUCACACAGGAGGUUCAAUUUUGGUGGACUAACUACCACCUCGAAAAGUCAUCUAAAGUGCUCAUAGUAACCACUAGAGAUAGUGGCUCCAGCAACCAAAACAGAGUGGAGUUGCAGAAUGGAUGCCUGGCUCUCGGCCAUAGCAAUUUGUUUAUCCCGUCGACUCUGAAUGGUUCCUGUUUAGACUCCAAAACUGGUAAGAUCGAUGGUAAUAAACUUAAGGAGAAUCUUAACGAUGCGAUUGAUAUUUACAUCAGCAGGGUGAACAAAUCCCCAUGCGCGAACACCAAAAUUCAUCUUUAUAAGGGAACAGAUAGUUCAUGUUAUCAAACGCUGAGAACAUUCGUUAAGGUAUUCCUUAAAGGAAACCCAGCCGAAAAAGCCAAUUUGAAGAAUGAACACCCAGGAACGUAUAAUUGGAUCGAUGAAGUUUGGUCGUUACAAAAUCAUCACCUGAUGUCUGGUAUGCCAUCCAAGUAUGUUUUCCCUCUAUUUCUGUGCUACCAACCUAGUUGUAUCCACCCCUUGUGCAAGUUAGGAACACCACCUAAAGAGGAAACUUGGUAUGAAGGAGGACCUCCACUGAGUUUCACUCCACUUCCUGUUGCAGACCCGAACAGGUAAAGAAACAGAAAACAAUGCACAAGCUCUUUCUUGUUUCUGUAGACUUAUCGCCCUUUUUUUUACCUAGGUACUAUGGCAAUCCAGCGUGUGCUGACUUUAAAGGCAAGACAUGUGCAGGACACUAUAUGAUGCCUGACGAGUUGUUCUGCUGUGAUGAUUCAACUAGAGUGGCAUCUUCGCCUCCAAGUGAAGUACUGAAAACUCUGUAUGACAAGGAUGCAAAAGACCUGAAAGGAGCAGCAAAACAAGUAAUUCUACCCACAAAUGAGGUAAGACACAUUAGAAUUGUACUGACGAGAAUUUAAGAUUCAUUACAAUUUCUGCUUAGGACAAGAAUAGAUUUAAACCUAAUAACUUUUUCAAUAACCUCAAGGUUGCGCUGUGGUUUACCCACCUAAAGACUGUUCAGGACAACAGAAAGAGGGGAGCAGCAAAAGGAAAAGGAUGCAACAAGAGGAAAAACAAAGGAAAAAGAAAGGAUGCAACAAGAAAGGCUCAUCGAACGCCUGUAUAUUGAUUUCAAGUAAAAAUAGACAGAAACACAGUUACCCUCAAAAUACCGUUUUAUUGCAAUUCAAAAUUGUCAUGAUUUAAAUUGGGCACUGACUUGGGCGCCUCUUUCCUUUAAGGUACUCUGUGGCUACUGCAAAAAAGAAGACCCAGAAGAAAAGCUGAAACUGUAG